UAUAUUAUCUUAUUUGCAUUCAAUAUACAUUGCUACUUCUGUCUCAUUUGAGUUCAGAUCCCUUCCUACUCCUUAACCAGCUGGCAUAACAACAAUCAUCCCCUUUUGACUGAUCCUUCAACUCCUUCCUUGAUGUCAUCACAAGAAUCAGGAGGCGGACAGAACAAAGAAGAGCGAAACAAUGGAGCUCGUUCGGGAGCCUGAUUUUGAGCAUAACAGCUUUCAAAAUGGUGAAAGAAUAAUCGAUACAAGUGAAGGUUCACUUGAUAAUCAUACAAAGCAACCUUCACAGAUUCUACCUACGCCGCCUACAUUCACACUCACACCUUCUCAAUCUGUUUCCGCAAAUACGGUCGAUUCAACCUACGCUUCUCUUCCAGCCGUUCCAACACAUGAUCCACAAAUGUCACAUAGGCCUCGUCGUAGUUUGGACCUUCCAGUGGUUCCUUCUGUUCUGGCAACAGGAGGUAUGAACAGAUCUUCAUCCAGUUCAAAAGCGCAUACAUUGGCUUCCAAUAUUGCCCUUAAGCCACGUCAUCAUUCCGUUUCAAGUGGAAGUGCUCAUUCUGCAAGCCAUCCGAAUUUACGAAAUGCGGAAAAAGAUGAAGAAGAAUAUCAAGAAAAGUGUCAAGAAGAAGAGGAAGAAUUAGAAGAGCUUGAAGAUACAGACGAUGAAGUGGAAGAAAUGGCAGAAGAACAUGAUCAUGUCAGAGAAUCGGAAGAGAUGAUCACACUUGAUCGAUUGGAAACAAAGCAAUUGGUCGAAUUAACAAGAAAUCUUUGCUUAUCGUUUGUGCAAAGUUUGCUGAAUGUCAUGGCAAAUAAUGCAACAUACACAAGACUGAUUGGAGGUAGCACAAGGAUGGAAAAGCUGUCUAAAGCAGCGGACGAGGCAUGCGCUUCGCUGUUCAAUUCCAAUUCACGCUCGAAUCAAGAAGAAAACAAAACGCAACGCUCAAUCGAAAGGCUUGCUGUAUUGGUAGUCAAUGCAGCUGAUGAGAUUGAAGGUUCGUCUAAUCCUACAUCCGCAAGCGGUCACAGCAAUACGGCGAUGGAUGAUAUCAAGCUCGUCAGAGCCUUGUCUACAUUACUGGCCAGUCUGGAUCCUGACAAACUUCAAGGGACGUUGUCUCAAGCAUCCUCGCCGUCUUCCUCAUCACAUGUAUAUCCCGCAUCAGGGAUGCCAGCGGAGUCCUGGCAGCGAGCUCCGUCUCAUCGGAACAGCAUCUCGGGAAGCAGCAGUGGAGAUCUGAGGAGCCCGACGAGUGCCACUCAUUGGCCAACAAACACAAAUGGUAUCACAUCAAAUAAUAAUUUAACGCCCAGUCCCUCUUCCAGUCGCGAAGAAUUGCGAAAUCCUUUCUCUGAUGAGGAAAUGCGAGUUCCUCAAAGUUGUGGAAGCAGCUCAAGUCUCGCUUAUAGUAUGAAUCCUACUAUGGGCAUAGAUGAAAGAUGGAGAGAUCGGUCAUUCAUUCUAGGAGGAAGUAACGCAAGCUCGAAUGGAGAAGUACAGCGCUUAAUUCGCUUAUUUGAUGAGAUUGAGAGACGAUGUCAUGAUUCGUCAACAUAUGAAAGAGGUAUAGAAUAUCACGAUCACAGACCUCAGACUAGCGAAGCGGCAUCUUUGCAAGCACAAAUUGGUGCAGGACGAUCAUUACUGGUCACUCGAAGAAGCGAAUUGUUGUUGAACAUCAAUCCAGGCAGACAACGUUCGAUAUCUCCUUCUUCUCCUUCGCCUACUUUUGGUCGUUCAAGACGUAAUAGUCGAGCAUCAAGCCCAGCCUUCAAUACUGGACCACCUCACGAGCAAAUUGCAGGCGAUCCAACAGGUGAAGCUAUCGUUGCAGGAAUGAUGGCAGGUGGGCUAAGUGCUUCAAAUCGUUCAAAGAAUCCAUCAAAUCGUAACUCGAUCGGAUUUAUGCCCACUCCACCACAGCUGGUCCGUCGUAACAGCACAAAGAGCGAACGGUCAUUUGGUCUGCAUUCACCGCCUCCAAGAUAUUCAGAGGAUUCUACGAGAAAUUGGGCAAGUGUAACUUUCCCAGCUCUGACUGGACAAGAAGCAGGUGUUGGAAACCUCAUGAGUCAAGCGGUACCAACUUCACAAAGCGAGCCGCAUCGCAGACGUAGAAGUGCUUCAAGUGACAUUUCGACAGGCUUUCCCACUGGUCCGCCUGCUUAUGCGACAGAUUCUUUUGUGACUGCACAGAAUUCAGAGAAGGAAGGUAGCCGAUCUUCAUCGCUUCUUUCGCCUUCUGAAUCAACUUUGGCUGGUACCAUCAGCAGAGGAGGUAUACCGAAAUGUUAUCAGAAUGAGAAGGAAGCCUUGGCUGCAGCAGAUGAAGUUAGUCCUGCUCGCAAGUCUACUCGAGCGGAACAGACUGCUACUGAGACUGCAUCAAGAUCAAUGCAUCCAGCACAAGAAUUGAAAAUGUUGCAAAAUGGCAUCGAUCGAUUGAUGGAAAGUGCGCCACAAAUGAGCGAUCAACGUGUUGGCCCUCCAGACCUGCAAAAACGAGCCAAUCAAAGAGAGUCCGAUUUGAAACAAAUGGUUGAACGCAUGUCGAAAGCUGGAAGAUUGGAUGAUCAACGUGCCGCACCACCGAUGCAAGCAUUAGGCUCUACGAGGCGAGCAUCAGUGAAUGAUAGAAUGCCAAAAGAAAGUGUUUCAGGAGUAGGCAGUAGCAACUUAUCUGGAGUUGGCUUCAGCCCGGUGACAUCUACUGUUCAAUCCAUGGUUCAUACAACAGAAUCUGGACAUCAUACAUCGACUCAAAAUGAAAAGUCGUUGAGAUCACGCAGAUUCCCCUCCGUUGGAUCAAUUUCUUUGGGAUCUUUGGCUAUCAGACGAGCUUCGCAUUUGCUGCUGGAUAAUGGUUUACGAAGCAGCAAGGGAAAAGAAAGAAGCGAACAACCAUCUUCGCCCGUCUCUGAGAAGCGCGCAAUGGACGAUUUAGCAGAUUUCGAACAUGUAUCUUCUCGUUUAGCGACUGCCUCUAUGAGAGGUAUGCACGAUCAGAGAAGUGCACCGCCACGCAAGCAUUCAAUCUCACAACGAACUCACUCCAGGCUUCUGUCGAAAGACUUCUAUGAAGCACCUGCAUCUUCACCUAUCUCGCCAAAUGCUGCCAUGGAGCGACAACGUGAUUCUAUCGAUUCGGAUGACGAUAUGCGUGCGCCUCCACGUAAAGGAAAGAGCAAAUUAGCUGCUAUGGGCUUCGAUUCUGCUGCAAUGGAUGACGAAGAUGACAAUCUUUUCGAUAUGAUCAGUUCGUCUACCCGUCGAAUGGCAAAUCAAGAUGUGGUAAUUGGGAAAAAUGGAGCAACUGCACCUGGAUCACUUCGAACAUCUCACAGUAAAUUACUCAAGAAUUUUGUCACAAAUGAAACGGAUUCCUCAGAUCCGAUCUCAAAGACCAAGGCCACAAGUCCGAUUUCUUCUGAAUUUUAUUCAGCCAAAGAAGGUACGGUAGCAGCAACAGGCCUUCCUUCUGAUCAUUCUGGUGAGUUGAAACCAUCUACCUUUUCCUCUGGGAAUGAUGUGCUAAACCGAUCUUUUCGUUCUAUCGAUGAAAGAACAAGUCAACAAGCAAUGAAGUCAAAAGAGGAUGAACAGACAAAAGCUGUAGUUGCGACGAAGCAUGAAGGAAAUGCAUCUCUUCGAUACAUAGCAGAGACUCAAGACCGUUUAGGAUGGCUUUCGGUGUACAUAUGGUCGGAAGACGCAGAUGCGAGAUUUGCAGAUGAAAUUGUUUACGACGUCAAAAGAAUUGCGGGCGAGCGGUCAACAUUGUCUAUUCAAGGCACCAAUGAGUGUGCUGUUGCGGAUUUCGAAUUGCCUUGCCGAGUGCAAGAAGGAUCUGAAUUACGAGGGAAGAAGAUGAAACAAGGUGACUUUUGGCUAUUGCGUUUUGCGAUGGAGAAAGAUGUGGAUCCGAAAGUGGCUGAGGAGAGCGAGAUUCCCUUUUCGGCAAAACAGUUGGCAUCAAUAGGAGUCACUCAAUGGCAAUGUACGACCUGCUCGACAGAUCUGAUGGACUUGCGUGAUACGACAAAGUUUAUACCUUUACCAUCACAACAUUGGGAAGAAUUGGUGGAUGCAUGGAUGUGCCAUACGGAUCAAGAAUUGAAUGAAACACUGUUGAAGGCGCAAAAGAAUAUUGAACAUCAUGCAGGAUUACAAGCAGGUCAAGUCCACGUUGCGGAUUCACAGCUGAUCUUAUUGAAGACUUCACUUGUGAAAGCGAACAUUGUGGACAAAAGUGUGAGUGCUCAUUCUCCCGUAUGCAGAAUUGGAUUGACAUGAAGGCCGUCAUCAGCUCUAAAGAACACUGGUGCGUGAUUCUGUGCACGUAUAAUGAUCAUUUCUGAUCGUUAUUGCAUGUAAGAUCAUGAAUGAGAUUCGUGACCUCUCCGAGGCAACGAGUCGAUUUACGGCCGAUACUACCGAUCCUA